GGAGAGAGAGAGAUAGACGAUAAACAUGAAUGUAAAAAACCAUAAAAAUCUCUCAGGCACAUUUUUCGCGUGAAGGCAAGGCAAGCAAGCAGCAAAGCAGAAGGAAAAGCCCACACCCUCCAAACACAUCGCAUCACAUCUCAGCAGCAGUAACAACAACAACAUAAACCUUCCAUCAAUCUCACCAAUCACCCACCCAUCCUUCUCCUCCUCCUCCUCCUCCUCCUCGUCUCUCACUCCCACUCCCGCUUUCAUCAUAUAUAUCUAUAAUCAUGUCCAGCUGGGCUGAACGAGUUCAUCGUCGUGCCGCCGAUCUUGGCAAUGUGGUUACUUCUUGCGGCCAUCCAGCCACCUCCCCAUCAUAUCCAUAUCGCUUGGAAAAGGUAAAAUUCGGUGUUCCCUUGGAGGAGGUCUGCAAACACAACAACAACAUUCCAGGACCUUUACUUGUCUUGAUACUCAAACUAAAUAAGGAAUCACCAAAUCGUCGCGAUGUAUUCCGUGCUCCUGGCCAUCAGGGUGCCAUGAAGAAGCUGAUACAUUUCCUUCAAGCCGGCCGUUUGGUCAACGUUGAUAAUUAUUCUGUAUUCACCAUAGCCAGUGUUCUCAAAAAGUUCUUAAGGAAGAUCCCCAAUGGCAUCUUUGGUCGUCAGGGUGAGAUGGAGUUGUUUUCCAUCAACGAGUUGCAGAAUGAAGCGGAGCAAACGGAGCGUUUACACAGACUUUUUGGUUCUUUACCAAAAUAUACGCAACAUCUUUUAGUUUUACUCUUUGGCACAUUCCGUGUAAUAGCCAGCAAUGCCGCCCACGCCUCCACGGGUAUGACCAGCGAGGCAUUGGGUGUCUCUGUGGCCCCCAGUUUCUUUCAAUCCUGCGUUAGCGAUGGCAAAACCGCACGCAUGGAGGAUGUGCUCAAGUUUAAGGUGGCCACAAAGAUAAUGCAACAUAUAAUCGAUAAGUUUGCCACACAUGAUAUUUUUGGACGUGAGAAUUAUGAAUAUUAUGCACGUGUCACGGGACGUAUUCUAAAGGUGCAAGAUGAAUGGAUAUGCAGUUUUCAAUAUCCACCACCGCCGCGUGGAAAACUGGCACAACAGAAAUAUGCAUUGCAACAUUCUUUGGAAGCCGAGAAGACUUGGCUGCAAUGCCAAUGCGAACGUUGGGGCUUACUGGCUCAAGAGGAAUCCCGUUCGACGCCCGCCUUGUUGACCAGUUCCAGUUCGGCUUUGGAGAAUAGUGUCCUCUCGCUGGGCGUCUCGCCCGAGCACUCGUUCAUCGAGAGUUGUGCUCGCUUAUCGGUGUCGCUGGAGGGUCCGGGCAUCUUUGCCAUGACCUCAUCCCCGCUGCCAGCCAAGAGACAACAACAUCAGCAGCAGCAGCAGCAACAACAACAGCAACAUUAUCAGCAGCAACAGCAACAACAACAGGGCAAUGGCAAUGGCACCGAUUACGACUACGACUACGAUGACUAUGAGGAUGAGGACAAUGACGAACUGGAUGGCAGUCUGGGACUUGGGCUUGGACAUGGUCAUGGUCAACAUGCACAUGGACACGAUUUUGCAGCCGAAUUGGAAUUGAGUCACAUUGCACCGCCGCCGCCGCUGCCAACGCGCGGAACAAUCGGAGGAGGAUUCCUACGUCACAAACAGCGUCACGACGAUGACGACGACGACGAUGACGAUGAGGAUGAGGAGGAGGUGGUGAUGAAGCGUCGCUAUCGUCAGAACAAGAAGAAGAAUUUAACCACCACCUCGAGCAGCCAUCAUCAGAGACGUCUACGCGCCGGCACCAAGAGUCUUGAUGGUCAAGCUGGCGGUGCAGGCGGCGGCGGCGGCGCCUCGGCAGCUGCGGCAUCUGUUGGAGUCGGUGGUGCUGCGUCCACUGUGCCACAGGCAACGCCACCCAAACUGAAGCCGCGUACAUGCAGCCGCUGCAAUCGGGGCAUACGUCAUUCCAGUUCGUGCAGCUCGAAUUCUGGUGGCGCCGCAACAGGAUCAUCUGGCGGCAAUGGUGGCAACAACGGCGGCAUGACCAUGGAGGAGCUUCGAGCCGUCAAUCGUUAUGCGGAGAGCACCAAAAGUCUCUCGUAUUUGCCACAGGUCCAUGAACGACAAACCGCACGCAUGCGCACCCGUUCCGAAUGGUUCUUGGGUCCGAGAGAUGCUGCCGUCGUAUCACUGCAAUUGCCCCUGGAUACGUGUAGCAAUUGUUGCCUGGCUGCUGCUGCAGCGGCAGCUGGUUACUUGGGCGGCGGCAGUACACGGGAUAUGCGGCAGGGGGCAGUGACAGCAGCUGCUCGUGGAGGAAUCGGAGGAGGAGGUGUAGGAGCUGGAGGAGCAGGCCUGGUGGGAAUCGGAGGUGGCUCAGCUCAACUUUAUCAUUUCUAUCGCAAGCAACAACACUUGGAUGACAUGAUGGACACCGAGGAUAGCUACAGUCAGCAACAGCAGCAGCAACUAAUACAACAAGAACAAUUACAUUCCAAAAGUGGCGGCCUCUUGAGGCCACCGCCAACACUAUUAACAGCGGGUGGUUCUGCUGGACAGCAAACAAAUCGACGUCUACUCCUGGAUGCCAAUUCUGUUGGCAACAUCCGUUUGAGUAACAGCGCCGAGUCCAUACAAUAUGCUGCACGGCGUCCACAUGCCAACAACAUUGCAAUCGGAAUCGGGGGAGGAAUCGGAAUCGGAGGAGCAGGAGGAGGAGGAGUAGGAGUAGGAGGAAUGGGCGGCAAUAAUAACAACAACAAUAACAACAACAACAACUCAACAAACCUGCAACACCAAUUGAAUACACAAUUUGGCCAAAAUCUAUCAACAACAACAACAACAAGCAGCAGCUCACAACAACGACGUCUUCUUAUCAAUGUGCCACGUCAAUAUCGCUCCUCAUUACGUCGCAACAAGGAGAAGCAAAUCGGUGGCGGCAGUGGCGGUGCCAAUACCCAAAGUAAUAGCAGCAAUAGCCUCGGCAGCGAUCCAAUUGGCACCAAUCUGCCGCCGCCACUUAAUAAGCCAUUGCUAAUGGUUGGCCUGCUGCCCGGGGCUGAGCAACCGCCCUCGGUGCGCAAUUCCAUUGCCGAGUGCGGUGGCGGUGGCCUGGGCAUUGGUCUGGUAGAUGGUGAUCAUCAAAUGGACACAUUGGACCCACAUCCACACACACAAUUGGCCACCAGCAGCAGUACGACCACGUUAAGCUUCAAACCGCCGCGUCUGUAACAGAAAGAUUGAAAGCCAACCAGCAGAGACUUGGAGAGCAUGAGCAUCAAUGAUCAUUCACAACCGGCGACAACAACAACAACAAAAACAUUUCAACCAGCUUAGAAUCUAUAUAUUUAGAAAUUUACAAUUUAAACAACAACAACAAAAAAAAAACCAAAGUGGGGAAACAUCUUUUAAUUUCCCCCUCCCUCUCUCUCAACUGACAGACAUAGCCGAGGAUUGUUGUAAGCAUAAUGAUUUAUCAGUUAUAAGAAAAUUAUAUAUAGUUUUACUUAAAAAUUGUAAAUGUUUUCAAAGCUUUCGAUUAACUAUAGUUUUGUCUAUCGAUUCGAUCAAUUGAAACACUUUUUGUAUUCUGAAAUUGAUUUUCAAAAGAAAAACCAAACAUCAUGUGACAUU